AUGUCGGUCAACGCCACCUUCUCCGAACCCUGGACCGGUACCCUCAGCCAGCUGGAGUGGCCUGACACGCCCCGGCUCUGGCUGCUUGCUCUGAUCAAUAUUCCUCUGCUUUCGAUCGUUGUGAACGCUCUCUGGCAAUUGAUACCCCGCCCGAAACACCAACCUCCAUUGGUCUGGCACUGGAUACCCUUCCUUGGUUCCGCCCCGGCGUACGGUCGCGACCCCGUCACCUUCUUCAGGAACUGCAGGGAGAAGGUCGUUCAUUCGGUGACGCGUGGACAGUACGGCAACUGUUUCACUUUCAUCCUCCUCGGCAAGCGCGUUACCGUUACCCUCGGCACUCAGGGUAAUGACUUCGUUCUCGGUGGCAAGCACUCUCAGCUCGCUGCAGAAGAUGUCUACUCGCAUUUGACUACGCCCAUUUUUGGCAAAGAUGUCGUGUACGAUUGCCCCAAUGAGAAGUUUAUGGAGCAGAAGAGGUUUGUAAAGGUCUCUCUGACCAUUGACAAGUUCCGCUCCUACGUCGGCAUGAUCGAGGACGAGCUCAGGGACUACUUGAACACCGAUUCGGCCUUCCGCACCUACCAGAUGAACGACAUCAACGAAUGGGGCGCAUUCCCCGUUCUCAAGACUUUCUCCGAGAUCACCAUUCUCUCUGCCUCUCGUACGCUCCAGGGCCGGGAGAUUCGGGAGGGCUUGACGAAGGACUACGCACAGGUCUACUCCGACCUCGACCAUGGUUUCACGCCUCUCCAUUGGAUGGUCCCUGGCCUCCCGCUUCCCAGCUACCGGAAGAGGGACGCUGCGCACUUGAAGAUGAGUAGCUUCUACCAAAGCCUUAUACGCAAUCGCCGUGAACACCCUGAACGUGAACACGAGGACGAUGUCAUCAACUCCCUCAUGCAGCAGAAGUACCGUGAUGGUACUCCCCUUCUCGACCAUGAGAUUGCUCAUAUCUUGAUCGCCCUCCUGAUGGCCGGCCAGCACACGAGUUCAUCUUCGAUCGCAUGGACGAUGCUCCAUAUCGCUGACCGUCUGGACAUUCAAGAAGCGCUCUACAAGGAACAGGUCGAGCACUUCGGAACCCCCGAUGGCGGCCUUCGCGACAUGCGCUAUGAAGACAUUCGUGAACUCAAGGUCCUCGAUGCCGUCGUACGCGAGACGCUUCGCCUCCACCCGCCAAUCCACAGUAUCAUGCGCCAGGCGCACACCGAUAUUCCCGUGCCCGCCACGCUUGCCGCUCCGUCCGAGGACGUCAAGUACGUCGUGCCCAAGGGCGACAUCGUGCUCGCUUCGCCGCUUGUCAGUCAAGUUGACCCCGCCGUAUGGGACGAGCCGGAGAAGUGGGAGCCGCUGCGGUGGUACGACGAGAAGGGCGUGGCAGCGCAGGCGAACAAGCAGUACAACGAGGGCGAGAAGGUUGACUUCGGGUUCGGGCUCGUGUCGAAGGGCACGGUGUCGCCCUACUUGCCGUUUGGAGCGGGCAGGCACCGGUGCAUCGGCGAGCAGUUUGCUUACCUGCAAAUCAGCACGAUCAUCACCGCGCUCAUCCGCCGGAUGGAGUUCCGUAUUGAGGGCGAGUUCCCCAAGCCCGACUAUACUUCGAUGAUGGUGCAGCCGCUACCGUGCCAGAUCAUGUACCGUCGCAGGAACUUUGACUGA